AUGCGAACACCUGUGACGGGCGGUUGGGUUAAUAAAGAUCUUCAAACUCCAGUAAAGCUGCAGAAAUGUCAGUCUGGUUGAAGGAUGGAGAAGUGCUGGAGGGUGAGGGCAGCUGGCAGACGUCUCCGUGUAGCCUCAGACAGAGGAGUCACAUGGUGGGCAGAGGGGCUAACCUGCAGGGACCAUCACCCAGCAGCAAGGGGAAGAGGCUCCAGCAGGACUGCAUGAGCAAGGCUGAGGAGCUGUUCAGCCUGUGUGAUAAAGAGGCCAAGGGCUUCAUCACCAAGAGGGACAUGCAGCGGUUACAGGGAGAGCUGCCUCUGACCCCAGAGCAGUUGGAGUCUGUGUUUGAGAGCUUGGACCGGGAGAGAAAUGGUUUCCUCACCCCUGCUGAGUUUCACACAGGCCUUGGGGAGCUGGUAGGAAUGGAAGAGUGUGACGAGGUGAGGAGAAUGGAUCCAGCAGAUGUGAGGUUUACGCAGCUUCUUAUGAAGCUUGGAGCAGAUAAACUGUUUAGACAUCAGAGCGAGUUGUUCUCUCUGUGGUGUGGUCUGCAGAGAGACAGGCCGGACUUGAUGAGUGUGCUGGAGCAUGUUCUGUCCCAUGCUGUUGCUCUUGUGCAGGACUACCAGAGAGAAAGAGACAGUUUGGAACAAACACUUCGAAGGCGAGAAGAUGACCAUGACAAAAUGGUGCGCUCCCUCUAUGAAGACCUGGAGAACCAAAUCAAAGAAGAGCGAGAAAAGCAAGUGAAUGUGGAGAGCACAAGGCAGGGCGACAAAAGAGAGCAGCUACUUCAGGAGCUGAGGACACGGGAACAAGAGCUGGAGUUCACACUGACCAAGCAGAGAGAGCUGGAGAGCAAGAUUGCAGCCCUGGGCCAUGAGCAGGUGGAAGCAUGCAGGCAGAACCAGAAGCUGCAGUGCACCAACAGCGAGCUACGUGAGCAGCUGGAGCAGAGCCGCGAGGAGCUGGACAGAGCCCUCCAGCAUCUGCGUUUUCUGCAGGACAUGCUCGCGCUUCAGCAUAGGAGGAAACAGAGGGAUGUGCUGAAAGUGUCCAGUAACAUGCAGAAAGAGCGAGAGAGCCUGAACAGGCAGCUGGAGCUACUCAGGGACAUGAACAAGCGCUUGCGGGACGAGAAGGAUGCUCACGAGGACCAGAAGAGGGUUAGUCAUAGACAAUCCUUCAUGGGUCCACUCAUCUCUUACCCACAAUGCCACUGUGGUCAAGGCGCUUCCCCCUGGGUGUACUCCUUCUACCCAUACUGAACUAGACUCUGCUGGGCCACUUGAGGUUGCUCCUAAUCACUGACGCAACGCUAUAGGACAGUGCUAUGCAUGUCUGUCCCUUGGUCAGAGGAUGCCAGCGAAUCUUCACCUUCUCUCUUUGCAUGUGGCUGUUUUAUGGGCUUGUGCCAGAAUGAAGGUCUUACCCUCCGCUGGCGGAGUUUUUCCUGUUGUUUCUUUAAGCCAAGAACAGAGUGUGGACUGCUUUCUUAGACCAUGGAAGAAUAAACCAGCCCCAUGUGAAUCGAAAAAUUCAUAACAUUUAAGGGAUGGUUACUUAUGCAAAUAUUGAAUUGUUCUUUUUUAGUUCUCAAUAGUGUUUUGUUUUGUUUUGGGGUUUUGUGUGUGUGUGUGUGUGUGUGUGUGUGUGUGUGUGAGCAAACCAACGUUAUAAAUUUAAGCUGCAGGGUAUGGAAAAUGUUAUAUUAUCUGAGACAGAUCACCCAAAGGCCCAAAAUUCGAACAAGGUUGAACACAACUUGUAUGAAGUUCUAGACAUAUGAUGGGUUACAUUUCAAGUGGUAACGCAUUGUUAGACGCUCAAGGCCAUUUUGGAACUGUGAAUGUAAUAGAUGUUUUCAAUUAAAAAACUUACAUUUAUGUAUUGAUAAAUAGAAAAUCCUUUCCUCAUUGUGUCUGUUACAGAAAAUACAGCAGUUUCCCCCUGAACCUUUCUUACUGCACCUCACAUAACUGCAGAAAAUUACUUUUAUAAUUUAUUAGAAAAGUGAGAAAAACUGAGGGACAUGGAAAAAAAGCACGCCGAAAGAGCCAUGGUGCGGCAAAGAUAGAUUACUGGAAGGCAGUUUCCCUACCUUGCUUUCAGUGGCAACUCCACCCAUGAGGUAAUAAUGCCUGCUACUAGCUUUAAGGGAAACACUGCAAACGAAACUGUAGUCGGCUCAAUUGCUGUGCCUUACUGCUUAUCUAAACCAGUUUACUUACAUAACCUGGAUGUUUGUUUCUUCCUCGUUCUUUAUCAGAAUUGGCUGUGCUGUAAGUGCCAGCCCCUGUAGCAGUGUCAUGAGUGGCCUCAGUAGAGGUCACUCUAGGAAAUUUACCAUAGGACAAAUCUAUUGCUGUUUUCGUCUGUACAUAAUAUGCGUGUACCUUUUAUGUGUCAUACUUCUGAAAUAUUGGAUUAAUUUAUUGUCCUUCUGUUCAGCAUGUUUGUUUGUUGCUGAUAUCUCUGUAGUCCUACUGUUGUUUUCUCAAAUUAAAUGAUCUUAUGAGCAAAAUAUAAAAUUUGUAUAUCAGAAAGUAGUCAAGUUUUGAACAAAUUGGGUGUGUUUUCUAGCAUGGCCACUGUGCAUAA